AUUUUUAUUUGUAUUCUUAUUUUAUUUUUUUCUUUUCUUUUUCUUUUUCUUUUUCAUCUUUGAUUAAUUAAUUCAUUCAUAUUCAUAACAUAUAUGGUUACUACUUGCACUGUUCAUGGCGCUUGGGCAGUGGUGUUAACAAGUUCGAAUAAUUAUAUCAAAGGGGUUUUUGCCUUAAAACACGCUUUACACACUAUAUGUAAAAGCUCAUAUCCUCUUUUGGUUCUGUAUACAUCCGCAGUUAAUGAUGAAAUAGUAGAGAUAUUAAGUAAAACAGGCUGUAUUACAAAACGAAUUGAUCCUAUUCAUCCAAAGGGUAAAGUAGAAUAUAAAGCUGAACGGUUUACUGAAACAUGGACAAAGCUAGCAGUAUGGAGUCAAGUAGAAUAUGAGCGUUUAGUAUUACUGGAUGCGGACAUGUUACCACUUCAAAACAUGGAUGAACUGAUGCAGUUGAAUUUGCCAGAUAAGGACUGGGUAGCGGCCUCGCAUGCAUGCAUAUGUAAUCCACAAAGGAUCAAGCAUUAUCCAUCCUUUUGGACACCGUCUAAUUGUGCUUAUACGCAUUGUGAUACCUUGGCCUGCAUGGAUCCUAAUUUGGCCAAAAAUGAAGCCAACUACUUUAAUAGUGGAUUAAUCGUAUUAACACCAGAUAGUGAUAGGUUCAACAAGAUGAUAGAUUAUUUAAACAGUAUUGCAGAUCUUAAUAUAUAUCCUUUUCCAGAUCAAGACUUUCUAAAUGAAAUAUUUAAAGAUCGUUGGAUACCGAUAUUGUACAUUUAUAAUGCUCUAAAGACACUUGAAUCAGCGCAUCAUUCAAUGUGGGAUAUUGAUAAAGUGAAGAACAUUCAUUAUAUUCUAUCAAAACCUUGGGAUAUAUGUGUAGAUGAUGAUCUACCUUAUUCAGAAAAUAAGUAUAAAGAGUUAUACAAGAUAUGGUGGGGUAUAUACCUUGAUACUGUCCAUUUUAAUAUGCUAGAGAAGAAGAAAAAUUAGUCAUACAGUGCAUACACUCUCGAGUGGAACAUUUUUUGAACUCCAUGGUACAUUUUUCGAAAAUAAAAUGGAGUAUUUAGCUAAUUAAAUUUGAACGAACAUUUUUUUUUUUUU